AGAGGAACUUCUGCAAUCAAACACAGUCCAGUCCUGUCUGAAACACACUUCAUGUCUAUAGACACAACAAAUCCAGCAGUUUGAAGAAAUGCGCUACACAUUUAAGCCGGAUGACUGUAUGGUCAUCACCAUCCCGCUGGGAAGCCUUCGAAAUGUUGGUGAAGGUCAGCUGAUGCCAGAGAAAUUCACCUGCGUCUUCAAAGAUGCUUACAAAGUGUUCCUCAGGGGACGGCCGAAGGAACUGGGGGUGGCACAGUUCAGCAUCGGUGUGUUUAUUAUUUGUGUUGGCGUCCUCCUCGCGCUUGAACAUCAUCCGGGUGAUUUAAUCUACACUUUACCCAGCGCUCUGUUUAUUGUGGGAGGAAUUCUGACGCGUAUCGCUGGAAGUUCUCCCAUCAUGCCCGUGGUCAAGCUGUCGUUUAUAUUCAACAUUCUGAGUCUCUUCUGGGCUCUCACUGCUCUUAUUGUUUGCCUAAUACUGGUGCCCAGACCAUAUUUUUAUGAUCAGCGUUAUAGCAUGCACAUCGGGCUGAGAGUGCUGAUAUGCGUUCUGUGUGGAGUGGAGUUGAUUCUGGCGCUUGUUUUGCUCUACUGGGGCAGUAAAGCAGUGUGCAUACCUCAUUUCAAUACUCUGCCCUUGAUCACCAUCAAGCAGGACGUUUGAACGGAUGUUUGUGAAUCUUAAGAAGAGUUUCUUCUUAUGAACUCUUUGUUUUAUUACAUGCUCUUCGUGAGUUCCUUCAGUAGUGUUGCGCUGGCAUUGAGCGGACCGUGCCAAGGUCACGGGUUCAAUUCCCAGGGAAUGCGUGAAAUGAAUGUAUAGCUUGAAUGCGCUGAAAAUGCACAUAUGUGUAUUUGUAUCUUUAUCAUUAUAUAAUGUGUAAUUCAAUUAAAAGUGCUUUAUCAUCUGUUUGUGCGAUACUGAAAUUUUGCUGUUUUAAAAUGUACAUUUACUGUAUUUGGAUAUCGAGCAUUAUGAACAUAAAAAUCUAU